AUGGAAGAGUUUUUCAAAACGACUGCAGAAAAGCUUAAAUCUGAAGAAAAAGCCUUCAUUUCAUCUAUAGAUCCUUAUAUGAAAGAGCUCUACGCAGAUAUUUAUGAUUGCUCCUCAAAAUGCUAUCUCUUGCCGACAUCACUACCAACUUCUAAGAUUUGUGCUAAAAAUUGCGCUGUUCCUGGAGUCAGAAUAAAGCAGGAGAUCAAGUUGCAGAUGGAGAAAUGCCAACGAGGACUUCAAGAUUGCGUUAAAUCAUGCAUUGAAAGCAACCCAGAAAGCGAAGAAGCAGGGAAAGGCUGCAUUGAUGAGUGCUCAGAAAAAAGCGUUCAGAUGAUGCAAAACAUGACUAUCAAAGUGACAAAAUUGUUCAAUAAUCACAAAUAA